GUCGCGGCUCCUGGAGGCCAGCGCCCUCGCCUACCUGUCGGUAACCGGCGCCUGCUCUUCCGAGAGAGCUGACAGGUAAAGACUAUCUCUCCCCUCAGAACAUUCGAAAUCACUCCUGAUGAACAAGAAUUUUAAAGUCUGACCUUACAAGGAAAUUGGCAAAACUAUGCAGCAACGGAAACUGGAAUACUCUAUUGGAAUGGAGAUUGAUACAGCCACAUUUCGAAGACGGAUUAGCGUCACUUGGCAUGGUUGAAAAUUCACACUUUAUGACCCAGCAGUUCCACGUCGAGCAGCGUUGCUGUUUCUUGGUGUGCAUGAAGAUCACCCAGAGAGGUGAGGACGUCGCUGAGAAGAGUGUGCUGGGGUGCUCUAGGAAAAGACUGAAUGCUGAGGUGGUUUCCAGUCCAGAGGUUUUGGAUUUGCCAAGAGGAAAGUGAACACCAUGGAUCAGAACAACAGCCUCCCACCUUACGCUCAGGGCUUGGCCUCCCCUCAGGGUGCUAUGACUCCUGGGAUUCCUAUCUUUAGUCCAAUGAUGCCUUAUGGCACAGGACUGACUCCGCAGCCUAUUCAGAACACCAACAGCCUGUCCAUCUUGGAGGAGCAGCAGCGGCAGCAGCAGCAACAGCAGCAGCAGCAGCAGCAGCAGCAGCAGCAGCAGCAGCAGCAGGCGGUGGCCACCGUCCAGCAGUCGCCAUCCCAGCAGGCAGCGCAGGGGGCCUCCGGCCAGACCCCACAGCUCUUCCACUCACAGACUCUUACGACGGCACCCUUGCCGGGCACCACGCCCCUGUAUCCCUCCCCUAUGACGCCCAUGACCCCCAUCACCCCUGCCACGCCAGCCUCGGAGAGCUCUGGGAUCGUGCCGCAGCUGCAAAAUAUCGUAUCCACAGUGAAUCUUGGUUGUAAACUUGACCUAAAGACCAUUGCACUCCGUGCCCGAAAUGCUGAAUACAAUCCGAAGCGGUUUGCUGCUGUAAUCAUGAGAAUACGAGAGCCCCGGACCACGGCGCUGAUAUUCAGUUCUGGCAAGAUGGUGUGCACGGGAGCCAAGAGUGAAGAACAGUCCAGACUAGCAGCAAGAAAAUAUGCCAGAGUUGUCCAGAAGUUGGGUUUUCCAGCCAAGUUCUUAGACUUCAAGAUUCAGAACAUGGUGGGGAGCUGUGAUGUCAAAUUCCCUAUUAGGUUAGAAGGCCUUGUGCUCACCCACCAACAGUUCAGUAGUUAUGAGCCAGAGUUAUUUCCUGGUUUAAUCUACAGGAUGAUCAAACCGAGAAUCGUUCUCCUUAUUUUUGUUUCUGGAAAAGUCGUAUUAACAGGUGCUAAAGUCAGAGCGGAAAUCUAUGAAGCGUUUGAGAACAUUUACCCUAUUCUAAAGGGUUUCAGGAAGACGACGUAAUGCCUGUUGUGUACUCCUGCCCCCCUCCCCAACUUGUUUUUUCUUAAAACAAAUCAGUUUGGUACAUUUAAAUAGUGGCGUUGUGGGCAGCGACAUGGUGAGGAUGAUGCUGCGUUGAGGGCUGCGGCACUAGGUGAGGCUCUUCUGCCGUGUACCCCGCAGGGAUGCCAGGACGCACAGAGAACACCGAAGCGUUGCUGUAAGUUGCUCGUACUGUGCUGCUAUCUGGGCAGCGCUGCCCAUUUAUUUAUACUUAGAUUGUAUACUUACUGCUGUUGACAAGUUGGUUUAAGGGACAAAACUUUAAGUGUUAAAGCCUCCUCAACAAUUGAUUGGACUAUUUUAUUUUGUUUAAUUUCUUCCCCAUAAACCACAGUUUUUAUAUUUCUACCAGAAAAGUAAAUAUCUUUUUUAGAAGUGUUGUUUUCUAAUUUGUAACUCCUCGGGGUUAUUUUUGUGCCAGACACAUUCCGCCUUUUCAGUAUUGCAGGACAGAGUAGAACUGUAUUAAUGCAGACAAAUGGCUGUACAUAUUUUUCUUCCUUCAGAGUACUCUGUACAAUAAAUGCUGUUUAUAAAAGUGUUAGAUUGAUGUUAUAAAUGAAACCUUGUAAGAUUCACGUGAUCAUACUGUUAAAGUUGUAUUUUAGAUAUAACGCCUGCAGCCGUUUCAGUGUUUGCUUGCUUGCUUGUUGUUUGUUUCAAUCAACAUUUCAUUGUUGUUGCAAUGAAAAUGGAUGAACUGCCUGAAAAUUUAAAGUUGCUCACAAGACAUGUAUUUAUUAUGUCCCAUAUACUGAGCAGCACCUCCUGUGUCCCAGAUACAUUGUCUUAAUUUCUCACAGAA